UUUCAGGCGCGCACUGGCGGUGUAGUCGCGGCUUCAGCUCAGUGGUGUUUACUUACUCCUGCCCACUUUGCCCAGAUGAGAAAGUAAACUUGGUGAACUCUUUAGGUUGUUUGUAAAAGAUGGCUCUUGCGGACGCGCUUCUGCCGUCCAUUGCUGGCUUUUCCAGCUCUCAGGUUUUGGAUGAAAAACACGCGGAAAUCCUGCGUGAAUGGUCCUCUGGUCAAACCGAGAUCGGGACAAAACCCCGUGUCGAAGUUGAAUUCAGCAUCAUAGAGUCCACGCCGCUGACCAAGGACGAGGACGAGCUGUCCCGGUUUCUGGAUCUCGAGUUCAUUCUGUCUAACUCCAUGGCAUCACAAAAUCCCUCCGUUACCCCGGCGUAUCCGCUCCCGGAAUCACCGGAGAGCUGCAGCGCUGCGUACGACGGCGCCGAUUCUGCGCACGGCCUUGUAGCCGAGCUCCUAAACCCAGACAUCGGCUACCGACCCGACGCGACUCAAGACUACAACCAGAAAGGACAUUUUGAUACACCGGAAUACACGGAUUUGAGCAUGCUGGACACGAGAAGUCACGCGCACUUGCACCUUUCCACUGCACACGCGUCGGGUUACAAAAUAAAGACCGAGCGUCGCGAGCAGCCAUGCAUGAUGGCCAACGACUACAUGGGACAUUUGUAUGCACAGAAGGUUCACGGUGUUGCUCCCGUGCAGCCGUUCGUCCAGCAUGUGCACGACGCGUCCCGGGAUGUAACCGUGCACGUGGCGCAGCAGCAGCACUACUCGUACCCACCGCAGUAUCACGGCGCGCAGCACUAUCACGGACAGUACGCCGUUUUCACGGAUCCCAUGCGGGCCCAUCACCCGGGUAUGCCCGGUGCAGUGCUCACGCCUCCAUCGUCACCGUUGCUCGAGCUCUACAGCACGGAGGACAACAGACCGAAGCGGGGACGGCGCGCGUGGGCUCGGAGACGCGCCGCCACGCACAGCUGCGAGUUUGCGGGCUGCGGGAAAACCUACACGAAGAGCUCGCACCUGAAGGCGCACAUGCGGACACACACUGGUGAAAAGCCAUACCACUGUACCUGGGAGGGAUGCGGCUGGAAGUUCGCCCGCUCCGACGAGCUUACCCGCCACUACAGGAAACACACGGGACACAGACCCUUCCAGUGCCAUCUCUGUGAGAGGGCAUUCUCCCGCUCUGACCACCUGGCCCUGCACAUGAAGAGACACAUGUGAAAAUAUGCCUUAUUUUAAAGGCCAUUUUUAAAAUUAGAUUUGAGAAGUCGUCCAAGGAGAAAAAGCUUGUUUAUAAAUAUUUUCCCCCUUACCUCACAUCAAUAUUUAACUAGUUUUGCACUGGAGAUGAUAAUGUACCUAACAAAUAAUGGAAGCUCAUGACCACUAAUUGGUAUCACCAAAAACUUAUGUAAAUUAGUUUUUUCUUCAUGAACUACUCCUUUAAUGCUAUGCCUGUGUUUGGACAGCAGGGUUGUAAAUAUGACGAGGAUUGUGUCAACUUUAAAUUAUAGCAGUAUUUAAGAAGAAGAAGGAGAGACAUUUGUUGAAAAUAAGAGAUAUAAGUUAUUUAGUGCAAACAUUGAAGACAGCUUUGUAAAGAAACAGGGCAGGACCCAUAUUUUUGUAUAUAUUGCUUUUUGUCUUAAUGCUUUCAGGCUGAGACAGGGGAAUUUGUAAUUUGGGGUUUUUCCUAGAAUUCAGGAUUUUCUUACACCCCUUUUUGUACAUUGAGCUGUUAGAACUGUUCAUAUAAAAUUCAGUGUGAACUCAAGGACUUUCAUAUCAGGUACUCAAGCAUUGUUUUUUUUUUUCAUUUUGUUUUUUUAUCCAAGUGAUAUGUAUGUGCAAAUAUUUUAAACCUUUGUAUACUACAUACUUGAAUAUGGUGUUUUUUUAAUGUAUAUAACCCCUGACAAAGUUUUAAAAUACAAAAAGCUGAAAUAUAAA